AUGCAAAAAGAGUCUGCACAAAUCAAGAAGGCGGAUAUGCCAACUGUCGAGGUAUUUGAAAGGAGAGCUGCGGCUUUAGAAGGUGGCACUGCGGCUGUUGCAACUGCCUCCGGCCAGUCUGCCGUGUUUCAAACCAUCAUUGCUUUGGCAGGAUCUGGAGACAACAUUAUCUCCUCGCGCAACCUAUACGGUGGGAGCUACAGCAUGUUCAAAACCCUCCUCCCUCGACUAGGUAUUGAGGUGAGAUGGGCAUCAAGCGAUAAGCCUGAAGAAAUUGCAGGAUAUAUCGAUGAGAAAACAAAGAUGGUAUUUGUAGAGACCAUUGGAAAUCCUCGGUGCAGUGUACCGGAUCUGCGAGGAAUAGCAGAUGUCGCACAUCGACAAGGCGUUCCCUUCGUUGUCGACAACACAUUCGGGGCUUGCGGUGCCUUUUGUCGGGCUACAGACCAUGGAGCGGAUAUUGUGGUACACUCGGCGACAAAAUGGAUCGGAGGCCAUGGAACCUCGGUUGGUGGGGUGAUAAUAGAUUCAGGGCAAUUCGACUGGGGACAAAGUGCAGCUCGUUUUCCUCAGCUCAUUGAAGAAUCUGGACCUUUGAACUUUUCUUAUUGGAGAACGUUCGGGAAUUGCGCAUUUGCAAUGGCUCUUCGAAUCAACGUGGUAAUGGAAGUAGGCUCGGUUCUCGGUCCUUUUGCUGCUCAGCAGCUUCUCCUUGGGUUGGAGACUCUCAACUUGAGAUGUGAGAAAAUCGGGUCAAAUGCGCUCAAAAUAGCACGCUUCUUGGAGUCAGAUCCUCGUGUUGCCUGGGUAAACUAUCCAGGACUUGAGAACAGUGAAUAUUACGGUCUCGCGAAGAAAUACUUGGCCGGCGGGUUUGGCGGUGUUCUCUGUUUCGGUGUGGCAGGUGGCGCUCGUACAAGUGAUAUUCUAAUUGACAGAUUGCGCAUCAUUUCAAACAUGACAAAUGUUGGUGAUUCGAAAACGAUGAUUACUCACCCCUGGAGCUCUACUCAUGUUAUCAUGUCCGAGGAAGAUAGGAUUGGAGCCGGAAUCACAGAGGAGAUGUUUCGUCUAUCAGUAGGGACGGAAGAUGUCGAGGAUCUCAUUCAUGAUUUUGAUCAAGCACUGGCUAGUCCGGAUCCACCGACGAAGAAUGUGAGCAGUAAGCGCUCUCGAGCGGUCGCACCGAUUUCAGAUGACGAAACUGCGCAGAAGCGACAAAAGAAAACAGAGAAUAUUCGGAACAGAGAGAGCAGAAGGAUGUGUGGACAGUCGAGCAAACAAUAG